AUGGCGCAACCGCGGCUGUUCAUGACCUUUUCCCGCGAGGAAAUCUACACCAACCUCGAGACUCGCAUCCACUACCUCCACAGCUUCAUUGAUUUCAGUAGUAAGGACAUUGAGGCCCUGAUUGGCGGCGCCAAAUAUGUCAAGGCGCUGAUCCCCGCCGUCGUCAACAUCGUCUACAAGAAGCUCCUGCAGUACGAUAUCACGGCCCGCGCCUUCACGACUCGUUCCACCAGCUUCGAGGGCCCGAUGGACGUGCGCCUGACCGAAGACAGCCCUCACAUCCAGCAUAGAAAGAUGUUCAUGCGGGCGUACCUGAAUAAGCUGUGCUCUGACCCCAGCCGGAUGGAAUUCUGGGAGUACCUGGACAAAGUCGGCAUGAUGCACGUCGGUCUGGGCCGAGCGCACCCCCUCCACGUCGAGUACAUCCACCUGGGCAUGACCCUCGCCCUGAUCCAGGACAUCAUGAACGAGGCCAUCCUCUCCCACCCCCGCCUGGCGCUCCCCCGCAAGAUCGCCAUCAUCAAGGCCCUCAACAAGGUCAUCUGGAUCCAGAACGACCUCCUGGCCAAGUGGCAGGUCAAGGACGCCGACGAGUUCCGCAACGACGACGAGGACAUCGUCAUCGAGAAGGAAGGGUAUGUCAACGGCGUCAAGAUCCUCCGCACAGACGACGACGGCAGCAGCGGCGAGGAGUCGCGGCCCGACUCGCCCUCGCGCAUCCCCAGACCGAGCACGACGGGCGUCCACCCAGCGCCCCCGCCGGGCCUGUGCCCCUUCGCAUCCAUGGUGGACGGGCUGGAUCUGGACGGCAAAGAGGUGCCCGCGACGCCUCCCCCCAAGCCCAAGCCGUACGUCGCGCCGCGGCUGGCCGGGUACAAGCCUGAGAACUUUGGCGACGACAAGGUGAAUCCCAACGCGCCGAGGGAGGAGACGGAGCAGCUGGUCGCCCCGGAGGCUUGGUAG